AAUUAUAAUAGGUCUAGCAUAUGACUUCUUUUGUAUAAUCAACAUUUGCAAUAUCUACAAAACCUAAUUUUGAGUUUUUAUAGAAUUAAAUUGAUUCUGACUCAGAGAAUGAAGAAUAUAAAUAAAAGUUAGUGUUGUCGCAUGAGACUUAGAAGGAACAUAAAAAAAUAAAAAAAUCAAUUGAUAUAGAAUUGAUAAAAGAAGAAUUGAAAAAUAGACCCAAUGUUGAAAUGAAAUUAAGUACAAUAUAAAAGAAAAAAUUUUCAAAGAUAAAAAGUGUUCGUUCUCUAAGUGAUCUUAUAAUACCUACAUCUCCAAUAUUAAUAGAUUAAAUAGGAAAUUUGAAGAAGAUAAAAGAGAUACGUUAAGAAGUACCUCCUGAAUUAAUAGGGAGAAUAUACUCUGAACUUAGGUAAUUAAAGAAACGAUUAUAUGAGAUAUGAAUUUGUGCCAGCCUUAAAUCCAGUUUAUCGAUAAGGAGAUUAGAAUAAAAGAUAUUAUAUAAUAUUAGAAGGGAAAGUAGUUGUGAUGAAGCCAAAAUAGAAGAUGGUGGGGUCCAGUAAAAUAGAAUUUUUUGACAAUUUGUAAUAAAAAUUUUAAGGUUCUAAUGAUGAUGAUCCAUUUGGAUUGAAACUUCUUUUUCCAGAUUAUUUAAUACUAAAGAUCUUAUUUUAAGGAGAGUAUGUAUAUUUUGAUAAAUAUAUUUUAGUUCAUUUGGAGAAGCAGCCAUCAAAUUAGAUACAGCAAGAUCAUCAACAGUGUUUACAUUAGAGGAUACCCAUCUUUUAUAUGUUAAUGAAAGUGCGUAUCUAGAAUAUUUAAAUCCAUAUCUAAGUAUUUCUUUAGAUAAUAAAUUGUCAUUUUUCGGAUAAACUUCUAUUUUUAAAAACAUCAAUCAAGAAGAUUAUAUAGGUAUAGUAUUAGAGAGCAAAUUGGUUAAAAUGAAAGCAGGAGAAAUAGUUUAUGAUGAAGGAGAAAAAACUAAAUAUCUUUAUUUUAUAAUAAAUGGGGAAAUUGAAUUACUGAAAUAAGUAAAAAAGAAAUCAAUUAUUUUGUCAUCAUAUGGAGAAUUUCAAAGCUUUGGUGAAGUAGAGAUUAUGAUGAAAAUUGAUAGAUAUACAAAAGCAAAAGUUAUUUCUCCUAGACUCAAUUGUUAUAGGAUUAGAAAAAGAAUAUUUUUUGAUAACUUAGGUAAUUAUGGGGCUUAUGAAAAUAUGAAAAAACAUUCAUCUGUCAUAUGUAAGCAUUGGCAAUUGAUUUAUAAUACAGUAUUAAGAUCUAUUAAUCCAAGAGAUGAGGUACUAUAUUCCUAAAAUAUAUAUUAUAGGUUUAUGAAGUUUCUUAAGAUGAUAAUUAAAAAAAACCAAAUUUAUUAGCCAAAUCUAUUUUAAAUAAGAAACUUAUAGAAUCUGAAGGAUAAAUAUUAAGUCAAAUUAAGGUAUUUUAAAAUUUGGCUGAAUCCAAUUUCAAAGAGUAAAAGAACUCUAGUAAUGAAAAUCAAAAUCUGCCUUAAAGAGUUUACAGUAACACGCUCUAAAAAUACUAAGCAAAGCUAUUAAAGAAACCUUAAUUAGUUACUUAUGAUUCUGAUAUUUCAUUAAUAAGAAAUCAAAAUUAAUAACCUAUUAAUACCAAUAGUAACUUUGAUAACAAUUCUACUACAAGUCCUUUAAAUGAAAAUAGUGUAGAUCUCAAAUUGAAUUCAAAUAGAUCAUCUGUUAUUAUAAAAAGAGAAAGUUAGUAAAAAAUUACUCUUCCAUCUUUAAAUCCUUCCUUACAUCUUGUUGGACCUCAACCUUAAUCGUUAAACACUGUUUUAGAAUCUAUAAGCAAAUUACCAAAAAUUCCAAAAAAUAAUUUAGUUUUAUCUUUGAUGUAUUAAUAAGCCUAUAAAGCAGAAAAUCCCGCUAAAAAGGCUAAAGAAAUUUAACAAGUUAUUUAAGCAUCAUAUAGAAAUGUAUAAAAUCGAUUCUAACCAAAAUAACAUCAUUUAACAGAAAUCUAACCAUCUUCAAAUGAACAUAGAAUCAAAAAGAAUUUAUAAAUUUCAGGAUUAUUAAGUAUGAGAUCAUAACAAAAAUAAUAUCUGAAUUUUGUACAUCGAAAAUAAAUUUUUGGAAGUAGUCAAAUCAAUUGA